AUGGACAGCUACUUCAGAUUCCUUCCCACUGAAGAGGAACUGGUGAGCCACUACUUGAGGGAGAAGAAACAGGUUGACCACAUCAUCCCUGAGAUUGAUAUCUGCAAGCACGAGCCUUGGGAUGUUCCUGGGCUGUAUGCAGGGCUGUUCACAGAGCCAGAGUCGCCAUAUCAGGAUAUGUUCUUCUUCAGCCCAAGGGUUUACAAGUACAACAACAGCGCUCGCAUCGAAAGGACCACUGCGCUAGGCUUCUGGAAAAUCACAGGCAGAGAACGCGUGAUCAAGGCUCGAGGGUCCACUGGGAGAAAGAAGACCUUGACCUUCUAUGAAGGCCGUGUGCGUCAAUCGAAGAAGACCAACUGGGUCAUGUACGAGUAUUAUCUUGUUGAAGAUGAAGCCAACCCUAAUCCUAAGCUGGCCCAGCAGAGGGAUUUUGUUCUCUGUCGCUUGAAGAAAAAAGCUGAUGAUAAGAAGCAUACUUCAAUCUCUGAAGCUGAACCUGCGUAUGAUGAAUGA